AUGGCGAGAAAGAUGUUCCUGCUCAGUUUUCUCGUGUUAUAUUGUUGGAGAAGCGAGGGUUUUACGUCUAGAUCGAGAAGACAGAUAUUGUUCCCGCCGCCAAUCGUCUACCCAUAUGGAGGAACAUUCAAGCUCAUCGUGGGAUUUGCAGUGCCCGUACAGCUCUCAGGCAGGAUUUUAGUUUACGGGCAGAACUUACAGUUCCAAUACCUCUUGCCGCAGAACGCGACACUCUUCACGGAGUUCUUCGCAUCGUCGUCUUCGCGACGACGACGUGAAAGCGUUAGCUGGAACGAAAGAAUGACCGUCUACCGUCUCUUGGAGGAGGAAUUCGAGAGAAGGGGAAUAGAUGGAAGAGAAUGCAUGAAGAAGAGCAUAUGCGAAACGGCAACGAUGCCUUUAGAGGACGAGGGACUUGUAGGGGAAUUGUUGCACCUUUUGCUCACGCCUCGAAAAAGCGACACACCAUUAGACUCCGAGUAUUUACAAGCACUAGAAUUUGGACGAGAAUAUCAGGAUUGCUCGGGGAUCUACAGAUCGUGUCUUCCUGGUCAAGGAAUUUUAGAUUACAUUUCAAAAAUAAUAUAA